AUGGCAGCGUUCGCCCUUUCUGAGUUGCUUCCCAACAAAUGGAGGCACAUUGGAGUCGUUAUUGCUGAUAUCACGACCAUCAUAGCUGUCAUCAUUGGUCCCGUCACUGGUCGCUACGGCAUUGAAAGCCACACCUGGCAAUGGAACUUCUGGGCGGCUGCCAUCGCCCAGUUCCUAUCCUUCUUGGGUUUAUACUUCCUCUACUACCCACCGGCUCAUCCAUAUGGUAUUCCGUUCAGACAGAUGAUCAAGGAAAUCGACUAUGUCGGUGGCUUCCUCUUCAUUGCCGGUGCCGUUCCUGUGCUUAUGGGAAUCGUCUGGACCACCAUCUAUCCUUCCAACAGCGCCUAUGUCGUUGCCCCGCUGGUCGUAGGAUUCGCGUUUCUUGUCGCCUUCGCUUGCUGGGAGAGGUUCGCAAAUAUCAGCCAUCCUCUUACACCUACCUAUGUCUUCACGUCAUCCUAUGGACGAGACCUGACUGCGCCUUGCAUUGCACUGGGCGUGGUGAACAUGUUUUACUAUUCGAGCAGUAUCCUGUGGCCCACGAUGAUCAAUGCACUCUACACCAAUGGUGGGACCGAUUGGAAGUAUGGCAUUGUACUUUCGCUCCCGCAAGGUCUUGCUAUUUUGACUGGCGCCGGAAGCCUGUCAAUGUUUGGCAGUUACAUCAAACACUGGCAGUGGCAACUGACUGGCUCGGUUUUUGUCAUGGUUCUAUUUGGAUCACUCCUUGCCCUGGUCAGCACCCACAAUAAAGGAUUGAUGCUGGGGUUCGUUUUCCUUUCCCAAGCCGGCUACGGAUGGGCCAUCUAUCUUGCCAUCGCCGUCAGUCAGAUGGGUGUAGAGCACAAAGAUCUAGGGAUAAGUGGUGGCAUCUCCGGCGUGGCUCGUUUUGCGGCUGGCUCAAUUGGUGCAGCGGUAUACACGACGAUCUUGACGAACACUACCAAAACUUGGAUAGGAAAGCUUGUCCCUACAGCUGCGCUUGGGGCUGGUCUGCGGGAUUCUCAGCUUAGCGAAUUGACGCAAUCAAUUGGUACUCCAGCAUUAGCCAAAAAUUUCAGCCCCAGAGUCGUGGCCGCUGUGUCGGGAGCAUUAGCUGAAGCCAAUGUACACGGCAUCAGAACGGUUGCCUUUGCCUCGAUGGCCUUUGGCAUUGUGGGACUUAUUGCCUCCGCCCUGUGCAAAGAUGUCGAUUCCAAAAUGAAUAACAAGGCCAUGUUGUUCAAGGGUGAGAAUCUCGGUACUCCGGUACCCACCGACGUAUCGAUCUGGCAAUGGCUUUUCGACAACAGCGCACCGAACUGCAAGUUCAAUCGACACCAGACCGGUGGUUUUCGUGAUGCGAAUACAGGAGAGUUCAUCUCUUUUGUCGACCUCAGGGCCCUGGCGAUCACCCUGUCCACCUCGUUGGCGGCAAAGUAUGGCAUUCGCCCCGGUAGCCACGUCACGAUUUUCUGCAGCAACAGCAUCUGGUACCCCGUGUUGACGUUUGCCAUUGUUCGCCUGGGCGCCAUCGUCACGGGCUCGUCCCCGGAAUAUGGCGUUGAGGAAAUGGCCUACAUCCUCAAAGCCAGUGAAAGUGAAAUGGUAUUCGCCGACAACGGGUCGUGGGUUACUGUCUGCAAAGCUGCCCGCGAAGUCGGCCUCGGUAGCGAUCGAAUCAUCCUGAUGGGUAAUCAAAGUGAAGUCCGAGGCCAGAGUGGUAAGACUUCGAUCCACGACCUGAUCGUAGAGGCCAAGAGGAAAGGAGAGUACGGCCAGAUUGAGGCAUGGGUUGUUCCGAAGGGGCGAUCGAAUAAAAAAGUUCCUAGCUUUUUGUCCUUCACCAGUGGGACGACCAGUGCACCCAAGGGCGUCAUGAUAUCUCAUCACAAUGUCAUUGCCCAGAUGAUGCAGAUGCGAGCUGGUACGCCUGAGGACUGUCCGAAAGUCCUACUCGGUGUUCUACCACUCUAUCACAUUACCGGCAUUGUUCAAAUCCUUCAAUUGCCAUUGAUCAUCAACCAACAGGUCGUAAUGAUGCCCAAAUUCAACUUGAAGGACAUGAUCAAUGUCAUAUACAAGUAUAAAUGCGAUGAAUUGUGGCUGGUUCCGCCUCUAUUGAUCCGACUAGUGAACGACCCUGUAGCGGCCAACUACAAUCUGGAACAUGUACAACAGUUCAACACGGGUGCGGCACCACUUGCCAAAGAAAUCAUUGACAAGCUGGCCGUGCGAUUUGGCCACAUCCGGAUUAGGCAAGCUUGGGGCAUGACGGAGAGUACCUCGGCCAUAACGCUGACCCCACCCGGCCAGCAGACGUACGACAAUGCUCAUACGGUCGGGAAAGUCGUGGCAGAUACUGUGAUCAAGAUUAUCGAUCCCGAGUACGAAGGAAAAGGGGAAAAGGUAUUCGGCGUCGGUCAAAGCGGCGAGGUUCUGGCGAAAGGACCUCAGAUCACCAUGGGUUACUAUAAUCGCGCCGAGGCCACCGCCGAGACGUACGACUCUGAAGGGUUUCUACACACGGGAGACAUAGGGUUUGUGCGUGAAGAUGGCUUCUUGACCAUCCACGACCGACUCAAGGAGAUGAUCAAGGUGAAAGGCGUCGGGGUUGCCCCUGCUGAACUUGAAGAUCUCCUCUUGGGCCAUCCCUUGGUUUCUGAUGUAGCCGUCAUCGGCAUCCCCGACGACUAUGCCGGUGAGGUUCCCAAGGCAUUCGUCACACUAGCAGACCCGUCCAAAGCCGGCCCGGAUACGUUACGUACUCUCACCGACUUUGUGAAGCAAAAGAAGUCUCGGCCGAAAUGGUUGGCAGGCGGCAUCGAGUUUGUGGACUCGGUGCCGAAGAGUGCCAGUGGAAAAGUGUUGAGGCGUGUGUUGAGAGACUUGGAGAAGCAAAGGGCAGCAGCGAACAAAACAAAGGCGAAGCUAUAAAUAGAAAGAGUAAUGAACUCGUUCGCAGGGGUGUUUUGGUACCAAUGUUAGCAAACCAUUAGACAAGGAAGAUAUACUACUGGAGAAGAUUAUUGGCUAGAUCGAGUAUUCCAG